AUGGCAAGGCUACGGAGAGGUUCCAAUGACAGCGGAGACUUUGUGCCAACAAGUACCCGGCGGGACAAUCGCUCAUCGAAGACAGACGCUACCACCAAAACAACACGCCGGCAACCUACAAGAAGUACUGGAUUCGCAGCCACGACCGAUGAGAGGACCGAAACUUCGAAGCUUAUUCCAAGAGUUGCACCCACGCCUGAGAAGAAGAAGAGACAAGUACGACUUGCUCCUCUGAACGGAGUUCAGGCGUCUUUAGGCUCGUUGUCAAUCAGUGGCGCAAGCGAGAGGGAGAGCCUGGCACCGAAGAGACGAGCGCCACGGCCGGUUCUACAGAAAUCGCGAUCUAUUACGAAGGAGCCUGCUCAGGCAGAUGUCGAAAGCCAGGUCGACUUCGAAGAGAGUAUAUGUUGCGGUGAGCUUCAGGAAUCCGAAGAUGACUCUGACGUGGAAUUACCGAGCCUGGGAGAUCUUCUCGGGUGGUCUGGCAGGGACCAAGUCGCACGAAAGCCGACAUUACCUGGAAAGCUGGAGGCUCUGAGCAUAUCUCGGGAGGUACCAGAGCCGAUAAAGCCUUCAGUGGUGGACGUGUUCGACGAGGAUGACCAGCCACCCUUCAAGCCCUUCAGUCGAAUGAAAGCACAGCCGGCCACAUCAUCACGCCCCACGUGUGAGAUCAACCACACCACCACGACCCAUCACUCCUCCACGAUCGACGACUCCACCGCCUAA